CUUGGAUAGAGGUGUACCUCAACUGGUUAAACUUCAACGUUGCAGCUUCAAUGGUUUGGCAAAGCACGCAAACAAAGCAACGUUACUGACGACGAAACCUGACGUUUUGAGCAAUCAAGUUGUUUAUCAUUUAUAUGUGCUAAGCCAAAUCGACUCAACCGGAGAUUAGAUUUCAUCAAAUAGAUAAAAAGUUGGCCUUUCACGGGACAACUCACAUUUCCCUGUGUGAUCCGCUGCAUGUUGUAUGUACCCACUGAAAAUCACCGCUAAAGAAAUUUUUAUUUUUUACCUCUAUAAAGAUGUACUUUUUUUUAUCAAUAAUUAGAUUCUUGUCUACUUAAGUGUUGUGAUCGAUUUUAGGAAACUAUUUUUUUUAACUUUUUUGCUACUCAUUUAUUUAUCGUGUGCUCGUGAAUAGAAUUAUUGUAUAGUCAAAAUGGUUCGAAAUGAUAGAUCAUCCAAAGCAACAUCAGCAACCGGCACUAAUGAAGAUGAAGAAAGGCUAAUAUCUGAGGAAUCAUACGAAUCUAGUCAUGAUGACUUAUCUCCCACAAUUCACCACCACCUGCACAACAGUCGUUCUGGAUGUGAAACCUCCUCAAUUCGUCCAUCAACCUCGACACCUCCCAUAGUUUCUGACGGAGAUGCUGGAGGUGGUUGUGAGGGUAAAGAGGACGACGAGCCCAAGGGUCCAGGUGUCAGUUAUUUUAGUUUGUUUCGAUACUCAUCAGGUUGUGAGAAGACCGUUUUGAUAUUGGCUUCGAUUGUCGCAGGAGGAACAGGUAUACUUCCGGCCAUUUUCAACAUGAGCUUCGGAAAAUUCGUUAAAACGAUGGUAGAAAAAGCAUCCAACAUAACAGAAUGCCCUCCACCAUAUUCGAAUGAAACAUCACCGUUUAUGAAGGAAGUGGAAUCCUUUGCCAUGAUUCAGUGUGGGGGUGGUGCUUUGUCCUUUAUUCUUGGAUACAUCUUUGUCACGAGUUUCAAUUCAAUAGCGGAAAAUCAAAUAUAUAAAAUCAGAAAAAUUUACUUUGAGAAACUUCUACGCCAAGACAUUAGCUGGUUUGAUAAAAAUGCCAAGAGAGAUUUUUCUAGUCGUCUUGUGGAAGAUAUAUUAAAGAUCCAAGAUUCGAUAAGCGAAAAAAUUGGAAUGUUUAUAGCCUAUAUAGCGAAUUCCAUAUUUCUCAUCCUCCUCUCCUUCUACUUUGGAUGGAAGCUGAGUUUGGCCUUGCUAGGAAUAAUGCCCAUGGUUAUCAUGAUUACUGCGCUCUCUACAGCAAUUUCUACUAGAAUGUCCGAGAAAGAACAGAAUGCAUAUUCCGCUGCAGGCGCAGUGGCUGAAGAAACUUUCACAAACAUCAAAACAGUCACUGUAUUCAACGGCCAAGAAAAAGAGAUUCGACGCUAUGACGAAAAAAUUUUUGCCGCAAAAAAAGUAGCAAACUUGAAGCACAUUUUAACAGGACUUGGAAAUGGGCUAAAUUGGUCUAUUUCUUAUGCUAAUUUUGCAUUUGCUUUCUGGUAUGGAACACAUUUGAUUUUGAAAAGUCGAGAAACUGGAGAUGGAUUAUACAGCCCCGAUAUCAUUCUUGUGAUAUUCUUCAGUGUCCUCAUGGCUGGUUACUACAUUGGUGAUUCUUCCCAAUUCCUCACAGCUUUUGCUGAGGGGGUUGGAUCCGCCAACGGAAUAUUCCCAAUUUUAGACAGAGUGUCGGAGAUCGAUAGCUUGUCUGACAGUGGAGUUAAGCCGAAUGGACGAGCAAUUGGAAAAAUAGAAUUUAACAAUGUCACAUUUAGUUACCCUACUAGAUCUUCACUACCUAUUCUCCAGAACUUCUGCUUAUCAAUAACUCCAGGAAAAACGGUAGCACUAGCGGGUAGGUCUGGAUGUGGUAAAAGUACGUGUAUUAGUCUCCUCCAAAGAUUUUACGAUCCAAGUCAUGGAAAUGUGAUGGUUGACGGCAUGGAUAUCAAAGAUUACAAUAUAAAUUGGCUUCGAACACAAUUUGGAAUGGUUGGCCAAGAACCUGUUCUAUUCAAUGCUACCAUUGCGCAAAAUAUAGCCUUUGGAACAGAACAUGUAUCAAUGGAAGAUAUUCAAAGGGUCGCAAAAAUAGCAUUUGCCCACGAUUUUAUUUCAAAAUUGCCAUUGGGCUACAACACACCUGUAGGACAAAGAGGAACACAAUUGUCAGGCGGGCAGAAGCAGCGCAUCGCAAUCGCUAGAGCAUUAAUUCGAAAUCCACCAUUCUUGUUAUUGGACGAAGCCACCAGCGCCCUUGACUUUCAGAGCGAAGCAAUUGUUCAAGCCGCAUUGGAGAGAGCACGAGAAGGUCGAACGACGAUAAUUGUAGCCCAUCGACUUUCUACAAUCCGACAUUGUGACGUUGUGGUAGCACUUGAAGAUGGAAAGGUUAAAGAAAGUGGAAGUCAUGCCGAGUUAAUGGAACAAAAAGGAUUAUAUUACAAUCUUGUAAUGUCUCAAGAGGACAAAGAAGAUUUAACACUUGAUGCUGACGAAUUUCUACAAGAAGAAAAUGAAACAGGGGACUCAAUAUUUAAUGAUUUAUCCCGUGGGAGUGUAAAUCCUCACAGUCGACCAACUAGUCGAGCACGGCUCAUCAGUGAAGGAUCAUUGGAUGAAACAUUAAAAGUAGACCAUGACAUGGGGGCUCAAUCAAAUGCUACAUCGAAAGCAUCCCUUUGGAGAUUGUGGAGACUAAAUUUUAAAGAAUGGCCUUAUCUAAUGGGUAUCAUUCUUUUCUCAACCCUCAAAGGACUGCAGCUUCCAGUUUACGCGUACAUAUUUGGCAGAUUUAUCCAGAUUUUUACAAGUAAAGACGAUUUUGAGGUUAAAGAAAAAGGAGAUUUAUUUGCAUUGGUGUACACCGUCUUUGCUGUAUUUGUUGGAGUAGAUGGUUUUCUACAGUAUAUAUGCAUUGGAUUUUGCGGUGAAAAUUUUACCUACAGAAUGAGGAAAGUAAUAUUUUCAAGUGUUUUGAAUCAAGAUAUGACUUUCUUCGAUGAACCGGACAACACGGUUGGCAAUCUGUGUGCUAGGUUAUCAACAGAUGCUACUAGUUUGCGGGGGGUCACGGGCAACCGAAUGGCUGCAAUGAUUCAAGCUGGAACAAUAGUAAUCGCUGCGGGUGCUAUGUCAUUGUAUUUGGUACCAAAAUUGAGUGCCGUCACAAUGUUGUGUGUUCCUGUCAUGAUGUACGCUGCAUUUAUGGAAGGAAGAGUUCUUGGGUCGGAUAACGUCAUUGAAAAGGAAUCGAUAGAAAAAUCGUGCAAUAUUGCCGUUGAAGGAUUAAGUAGCAUUCGAACUGUUGCUAGUCUGUGCGGAGAGAGAAGGUUUAUGGAACUAUACUCUGAAGCAUUGGCUGACUCUCAUAGAAUUAAUAAACGUCGGUCACAUAUUCGUGGUUUAGUAUAUGCUUUAACAACAUCUGGGGCGUACUUAUGCUAUGGACUUAGCCAACUUUACGGAGGUUAUCUUGUGGAAAAUGAAUGCGUUGCGAUUGCAGAUGUAUUCACAGUUGGGGAAGCUUUGAUAUUUUGCACCACUUCGGGGGGUGCAGCAAUGGCGUUUGCUCCAGACUACGAUAAAGCCAAAAUAGCUGCGACCAGAAUAUUCAAGCUGCUCGAUAGGCUGCCUUAUAUUUCCAGAUUUUCAACAACUUUAGCUUUGAGCUCGGUGGAAGGAAAAUUAUACAUGAAGAAUGUAAAUUUCUAUUACAAGCAGCGUCCAAGCGUUAGAGUAUUAAGAAAUAUGAACCUACACUGUCCUCCGGGAAGUAAAGUUGCCUUAGUUGGACCUAGUGGAUCGGGAAAAAGCACAUGUGCUUCUCUCAUGACGCGAUUAUACGAUCCCGUCUCUGGGACUGUGUGUUUUGAUGAUGUUGACCUUCAAAUGCUCAACUUGGAUCACAUUCGACAGCAAAUGGCGGUUGUAUCGCAAGAGCCUAUUCUAUUUGACUACACUAUUGCGGAAAACAUUGCUUAUGGCGAUACUUCGAGAGACGUUCAAAUGUCAGAAAUUAUUCAAAUGGCAAGAAUGGCUAACAUUCACGACUUUAUUUCCGGACUACCAGCGGGAUACGAGACCAGAGUGGGAUCCCUCGGAAAUCAACUUUCUGGAGGCCAAAAACAACGUGUUUGCAUAGCAAGGGCUUUAAUACGAUCUCCAAAGUUGCUUAUACUUGACGAGAGUACAUCUGCAUUGGACACGGAGAGCGAGAAAGUUGUACAAGAGGCGUUGGAUGUUGCUGGAACAGGAAGAACUUGCAUUACGAUUGCACAUAGGUUAAGUUCCAUUCAAAAUUCCGACCAAAUUGUAGCCAUGAAAAACGGGAGGGUGCGAGAAGUUGGUACACAUUCCGAACUUAUGCGAAGAGAAGGAAGUAUAUAUCGAGAAAUGUGGUUAGCUCAGAAACUUCAAUUGGAUAAGCAGUUGUGAUAAAAAGCCAUAAUAAACCAUUCAUCCUGGUGCAAUCGUAUAACUACUAUAUCUCAGCCCAAAUAUUAGAUGUAACGUAUAAUGACCUCAUAUUUAAUCAAAUAUAAAAUAUUUAUAUUCGAGUAGUUAAAAUAAUUUGGUUGUACUGACCGUGUCGCAUUUAUUUAUUGGUUGCUCGCUUAUUUAAAAUAACGCGUGUCCAACGUUUAUUGCAACGAGGAUUAUAAAUAAAUAGGAACAUAUCAUCAGGUU